CAAGACCGCGCUUGCUGAUCUGUGCGCGAGAGCAGCUGUGUACACUACGUCUCAAAGGCACAGCUAGCAUGGCUGCGGGCACCAAGUGCCAGCACUUAAGAGCCUUUUGGAGUAGACUGAACAACAUUUUCUUCUGAUUUUACUUAUUCGAGCAACGCUCAAAAAAAGACUUCUUUUUAAAAAUUAUUACUAUCGGCAUAAGACAUCUAUAGCAAGUAAACAUAGCGAAGCUAACGUCGAAGCUAAGCUAGCACGGCGGCUGCUAGCUUGGUCGCCUUCCGAGGAGGGAGCUUCUUUGUAGGGGAUGUUGUCCGUGCUGUCUUACGGUAGACUCGUUGCCAGAGCUGUCAUCGGCGGACUCUCUCAGACGGAUAGCCGCGACUACAGCCUGGUGACGGCAAGCUGCGGCUUCGGGAAGGAUUUCCGUAAAGGCAUCCUGAAGAAAGGAAUGUGUUAUGGGGACGACGCAUGCUUCAUUGCCAGGCACAAAUCUGCCGAUGUUUUAGGCGUGGCAGACGGAGUAGGAGGUUGGCGAGACUACGGCGUGGAUCCGUCGCAAUUUUCGGGGACUCUGAUGAAGACAUGCGAGCGCCUGGUGAAGGAGGGACGCUUUGUUCCCAGCAACCCAGUAGGAGUCCUCACAACCAGCUAUUACGAGCUGCUGCAGAACAAAGUGCCGCUGCUGGGCAGCAGCACAGCCUGCAUUGUGGUGUUGGACCGCCAGAAUCACCAGCUGCAUACGGCCAACUUAGGGGACUCUGGCUUCCUUGUGGUUCGUGGGGGGGAAGUGGUUCACCGUUCUGAUGAGCAACAGCAUUACUUCAACACACCAUUCCAACUAUCCAUCGCUCCUCCUGAGGCUGAGGGGGCCGUCCUCAGCGACAGCCCAGACGCCGCUGACAGCUCUUCCUUUGACGUCCAAUUGGGUGACAUCAUCCUCACCGCCACCGAUGGUCUGUUUGACAACAUGCCGGACUACAUGAUCCUGCAGGAGCUCAAGAAACUCAAGAACGCAAACUAUGAGAGCAUCCAGCAAACCGCUCGAAGUAUUGCGGAGCAGGCCCACGACCUGGCCUAUGACCCCAACUACAUGUCACCUUUUGCACAAUUUGCCUGUGACAACGGACUGAAUGUUCGAGGAGGGAAGCCAGAUGACAUCACAGUGCUGCUCUCCAUAGUAGCAGAAUACACCGACUAAGGGCCGCAUGGAGCUGUGACCUGUCUCUGCAGGGGAUCGACUGAUUGGAGUCCUGAUUAAUUGGAUGAAGGACUGAAGAUCUCAGACAUUUUUUUCCUCCCUCCAGCAUGCCGCAGCUCUACUCUGCCCCUAACCAUCACCCGCCUCUCCACAAAAAAGAAAAAACAUUGAGGAAAGGAGAGAUGUGGAAUUAUAACAGUGGGCCCUAAAAACUUACGGGGAAAGCAGCAUUGUUGGCGUCUGUGCAACAUGCUGGGGCCAUGAUGAAUCAUCUUGGGAGUGGUUGGGCAGACUCUGAGGAUGUUUACACUCAGACUGCAAACACAAGUUGUUUGACUUUUUGGAGGUCAAAUAAGCCAGAUGCUGGCCUGCCAGAAGGGAAUGAUGCACUUCAGUCAUGUUGAGAAGGGAGGUUGCGUAGGAAGUGGCGCCUUUCGCGGUGCAUAAAUGUGGUUCCUUUUUUUUUUUUUUUUUUUUUUAUACAGUGGUUAUUGGCAACCUUUGUAUGUGGGUGCAGGGAGCAGAUGUUUUAUCAGUGGAUGUGACUGCUGUUUCGGGAUGUUCUGUUUCCUCACUGAUGUUAAAACAAUAAGGUUACAUGAAGAAGCAGCUGCCUUUUCCAUACAUGUUCCAUUCAAAUAUUGCACACUGAGGCUGAGACAAGAUAUUACACCCCUUUAAUCUCACUGCUGCUGCUCCAGUCUUUGAUUGUGUGUAUGUAUGUAUGUGUGUGUGUAUGGGGAGACUGUGCAAUAGUGUACAGUACAGUAGGUCCCCACUUUUUGCGCGGGUUAUGCUCCAGUAUCAGUGUAUGGCAACAAAAAAAACAACAAAAAACAAAUUAGUAAUUGGGCCACCCAUAAAAAGUAUUAUCUAUCCAUCCAUGUUCUAUACAGCUUGUGCCCACAAGGGUCGCAAGUAAGCUGGAUGUUAUUCCAGCUGACGAGCUGUAGCAUGUGAAUCACAAUGUGACAUCCAAUCGGACGUUACCCAGCAUACCUUGCAGGUUAUAAAUUGGCGUAGCCUGUGUGGUACAUCUACAUUGUGUGUUCCACAUGUUAUUUUUGGUUGCAACUGAAGCUUUUUAACCAAUAAACAACCUAAUAAUGGAGAUUAUAACCACAAAAUGGCAGGGUUUUGAAUAGUAAAUAUGUGGGGAUCUACUGUACUAGUGCUCGUCCAUGCUUUGUAUUGUCCAUAAUGUGUAUUGUUUUAGAUGAGAAGGCUGUGACGGUAAAAAGGCUCAUCCCACAUGAGCUUCUAAUGGUCUUAACAGCCUGAAACGCACAAUUGUUGAAUGAAGUCAACACAGUGGGAGUUGGUCAUGUGAUUGAGUGGAUUUCUGUACCGAGGGGACACUUUGAGAAACAUGUAAACAAUCAGCAUUUCCCUUUUUUGAUCCUUUCUAUGUUACAUAUUUGCAUACGUAGUCAGCAGUCAGUUAGAGAUAUGUCUUAGUAAAUUAUUUUUUUGUGUAAUGUGGUUAUGAUGUGCCUUGUAUCAUGUGUGUUGAUACUGGCGAAAAGAAUUCCUUAAAACCCACACUGUGUGCCAGGUACUGAGCACAAAGGAGUCGUGAGUUUAAAAGCCCCACUGUCUUAAGUCACUUUUUACCUAUAAGUAUGUAUUUUCUCCUGAAAUGAUAUUUUGUCAAGUCAGACAGAAGCUGAGGAAUAGUAAAUAAUAAAGCCAUCCCAGACGUAAAAAAAAAACGUUGCUGUUUACAAAAUUGCACUAAAGGACUGUUUUUUUUUUUGUUUUUUUUUUCAAUGUCAUAAAAAAUAGGGAGACAAACUUUUGGGGAAACGAUGAAUUCAAGCACUGAGGGCUGUGUGGAGUAGCCUUAAUAAUACAAAGCAAUGUAGUCACUUAAGUGGUAAUGGCUACUGUGGGCUUGCAGCUUCCUGACACACCUGAUGAUGCCCGGAAGACACUUCAUCUUACUCCUUUAGACAAAGCAGAGUAUGUCUGUAUAUUUUAGGGUGUACGGGUCAAUGCAGAUCUGCUGUACAUUAUUUAAAUAAAGAUGAUAGUAUUUAUUA